UCAAAAUGUUUAUUUCACGGUAACUUAUUAAAAUUUCAGUUUCAAUCAUUCUUAACAUUACCACAACCUUGAUACAAUCCUUACGUUCUAUCCAAUGGCCCAUUACUUGAGUACAGGCAAAAAAAAGACAGGGGAAAAGAGUCGUUACGCCAUCAACAUGUCCGACUUGGGCACCUUUAAAUUGAUCAACGGCCUCGGCCAACGGUACUUCGACGUGCUCUCCCAAAACCUUGACGACAUUCACCAACUGGACACGACGUCGGGCGAGAUGGAAUCGAACGGUACCGUACUGAACAGAUCGAUCCAAUUAGCAGAGUCGCUGACGAAGCGGGGCGUCAAAGAGGGCGACAUAGUGGUGAUAAGCAGCAGGUCUCACAGCGACGAGACCAUCGUGAUCCUGGCGUGUCUGUUCAUCGGCGCCAUCUUGGCGCCCAUCGACAUGGACGCGGUGUACAACGACUGGAUCGCCCUGAUCGGCAAACUCCGACCCAAAAUAGGCUUCUGCGAUCUCCGUGCCGUCAGUCAACUGGACCGAUCGCUGAUCCUGUUCGGCCUCAGCGGCGAGAUCGUGGUCUUCGGCGACCUGAACAUCGGCAACAAAACGUUGUUCUCCACCAUGUUCCUUGAUCCACCCAAUCAGCAGUUCACGCCUGUGGACAUAGCCGAUCCGUCCAACCAAAUUGCCUUCAUUUUGCCCACGCAGGGCACGGCGGGACCCAUGAAGCUGGUCUGUCUGUCCCACCUCAACGUCCUGGUACGCACGAUGUUGCUGAUCGAGGUGAUGGGCCGACCGCAGCGCCUCCUCUCCUACUACACCCUGCCGUACGGGAUGCAGUGCAUGGUGAUUUGUGCGUCGUUCGAAAGCAACAUCACCAGGUUCAUGCCGGGGGCGUUCAACGAAAGGAACUGCUGUAAAAUUAUCCACGACCUGCACAUAGACCUGAUGAUCUUGAACACCCAGUACUGCAGGUUGCUUUGUCGUAACGUCGCGAUAAAGGACUUCGAUUUGUCGUCUUUAAAGAAGGUGAUAAUCGGCGGAACGUACACGGGCAAAGAAGACUUGGUCCACUUCAACGGUACUUUGCCCACGGUGCAGUUCAUUCAGGUUUACAACUUGCAAGAGACUGGCAUUAUAGCUGCGACGCCGAUAAGAGAGUACCAGGAUUCUAUGAAGAAGCUCAUGUCUUGCGGCAAAAUCCUUCCGUUUUCCAAAGUUAAAAUCGUUGACAUCAACACCGGUGAGGAACUGGGACCCAGACACAUGGGCCACAUAUAUUUUAGUGGGGAAAGUCUGAUGCUGGGUUACCUGACGAAGAGGACGUCCAUCAAUUUCAUGAAGCAAGACUAUUUCAUGACCGAAGAUGUGGGGAAGUUCGACGAACAGGGUUGGUUGUACCAAGAAGGUAGGCUUGAGGAUGUGGUUACGGGGCUGGAUAAUUCAGGUUAUAGGUUUACUGUAAGGGAAGUGGAGGGAAUUAUUAAAGGGUACGCCAUUGUCCUUGAUGCAGUUGUUAUUGGUAACGAAACCGACAUUGUGUGCUGUGUUGUAAAAAGACCGGACUCAAACUUACAGAUUGAUAAGCUGAAGACCUUCGUCGACGCCCGAUUGCCACCAUACAAAAGGCCCAGCAAAUAUUUGAUUUACGAUUCAUUUCCUAUGACUUCUUUGGGGAAAAUUAAGCGGUACAUUUUGCGUGAGGAGGUGUUCCAUAUAAAAUUAUGUGUGGUGGACAGUUUGGCGGAGAUAUACAUUCCAAUGUAAAUUUUUGACAUUUCUAAACAUAACCAAAC